AUGGAUAUUGAAGGUUUUCACCCACCGAAUUCUAUAUCUGACCAAGAGAAAAGCGCCCAACAAGGUCAGCAUGAAGUCGAUAAAGGAGGAUACAUUCUGGAUACUUCAAUUGCAGACGAGAAUCUACAGACUACUUCUGAUGGCAGCAAAGUCCUAAUUCCACAGCCCAGCAGUUCUCCAUAUGAUCCUCUCAACUGGUCCUGGCAUAAGAAACACCUCAUUCUGUUCAUCAUCUCCAUCACUUCCUUUCUCCCCGACUAUGGCAGCGCCACUGGUGCCAUUACUCUGAUUCCCCAAGCUGAAGAAUGGAAUAUGACAAAAGACCAUGUCAAUCACUCUCAAGUCGGCAGUGUCUUUAUGAUCGGCGCAGGAGGCGUUGUUGCCGUCGCGCUGUCUGCCUAUUUCGGUCGAUAUCCAAUGCUGUUCUGGUUCAUGUUAAUUGGAUUGGGAACAGCCAUUUGGUGUGCUGCUGCCCAGAGCUUUGAAUCGUUCAUGGCUUCUCGUAUUCUGAAUGCGUUCUUUUCCACCGUUGCCCAGGGAGGUGGCCUCAUGUUUAUCAAAGACAUGUUCUUCUUCCAUGAACACGCCAGGAAGAUUAACAUCUGGUCCAGCUUCAUCAUCCUGUCGCCGUAUCUUGGGCCUCUCAUUGCUGCGUUUAUCACCAACACGCAGAUCUGGCGAUGGGCAUUUGGCGUCUAUACCAUCGAGACUGGCCUGUGCCUUAUUGCGAUUAUCCUGUUUGUAGAUGAAACGUACUAUGACCGUCGAACGGGUCAGCCGGAAUUGGCACCGAAUGGACCACGAUGGAAGCGGAUGCUGGGGAUACAGCAGUGGCAGACUGGUUAUUUGCAGACGACUUUGCUCGAUGCCAUCAGACGGCCUGCGAUUAUUCUCUGCAAACCACCAGUAUUGCUGGUGAUGCUGUAUUAUAUCCCCACCUUUGCAUGGGUCAUCGGAAUCAACACCACUCUGUCCAUCUUCGUUGGCCCUCUCUACGGCUUUGGCCCAAAGCAAAUCGGCUUCUUCUACUUUACUCCCAUCGUCGCAGUCAUUCUCGCGGAAACUACCGGCCACUGGCUUCACGACUUCGUCGCCACCGUCGCUGCCCGCCGCAACGGGGGCUGUCUUGAGCCUGAACAUCGUCUGUUCGCCAUCUGGGUAGUGGCGCCAUUCAUGAUCGCCGGUUUGAUUCUGCUCGGGUUCGCCCUGGAAAACGGGUAUCACUAUAUGUUGGUCUCGUUGGGCUGGGGUUGUUUUGUCUUCGGCAUUCUCAACGUCACGGUCGCUAUCAGCGCAUAUCUUCUACAUUCAUACCCGGAAGCCAGUGGCGAAGUAGCAGCGUGGGUUAGUUUCGGUCGGACAGUGGGAGGCUUCAUCGUGAGUUAUUUCAUGGUGGAAUGGUCAGAGAAGCAGGGAGCGAAGAGACAGUUUGGAACGAUGACGGGCGUUGUGGGAGGUGCCUUUCUAAUACUCGUGGGGGUUCAGUGUUUUGGAAAGAGAUUGAGGAUCUGGGCGGGGCCUGCGAAUUUCGAGGCCAAAUCGCCGUGA